CUCUCUAAGACAGAAGGAAAGGAGGCAGGCGGGGGAGAAAAAGAGAGAGAUAGCAAGCUCUUUAGCGACUCGAGCGGGAAGCGAGGACGGCAAAAGCCACAACAUCUGAAAGUUCUAAAGCCGUCAUCAUGGGAGGUGAUGCAUAGCCAGACGUUUUGGAAGCAAAACAAAUCUCCCAUCAUGGACAUGGAGAGAAUUGUCUCAUGUUCUCUUUUGGGAGGGGUACAAAUAUAACGCUGGACUGUUAGGCUGCUCUUUUCUGUCAUUUGGGUGAACACAAACUCUUUUUGGAAGGAUAUAAGAGCAAGUUUUUUGGGGGGUAUAUUCACAAGUAGGGCUGCAAAAUAAGCCAAAACGGAGCCAAAAAAAGUUGCAAGAGUCAGCAUUUUGAUAAAGAAGGUGGAAAGAGUGGAUAUUAACGGUGGAGGAAAAUGAUUCCUGCCCUUAACUCCCAGGGGAAAUACUUCACGUGUAUGGAUUAACAACACUGGAAUUUGGAAGCCUUCACCUGCUUUUCCCACAUUGUUGUGCACACAAGUGGCAGCUCACACAGAGAUUGUCAGGUUUUCUUUGUGACAAUAUAUUGCACAAGGGAAUGUGGCAUUCGGUGCGCUGCCCCUGAGCUUCAGUCCCUACCUUCUUCUCUUAUCUGUGGCUACCAGUGACAAUGCUGACCAAGUCUGCAAAACCACAAGGAUCAGAGCCCGGACCCACAAUAAGGCCUCCUGGAACCUCUGCAGCACUAUGUCCCAGUCAGUUGUGGCUCCACCGGGGGCUGGCAGUUCGCUAUCAGAAGCCCCUGGGGUUCAGCUAAAGUGGGCUGCCCUGCUUAUAGUCAUGGUCAUCAUUCCAACCAUUGGAGGAAACAUCCUCGUCAUCCUUGCUGUGUCACUUGAGAGAAAAUUGCAGAACGCCACCAACUAUUUCCUGAUGUCACUUGCUGUGGCUGAUUUACUGGUGGGACUCCUGGUCAUGCCCAUCGCUCUGGUCACUGUUCUCUACAAUUCUGGUUGGCCACUCCCAGACUUUGUCUGCCCGAUUUGGCUCUUCCUAGAUGUGCUGUUUUCAACUGCAUCCAUCAUGCACCUGUGUGCCAUCUCACUGGAUCGCUACAUUGCCAUCAAGAGGCCGAUACAGCACAGCCAGUACAAAUCCAGAGCCAAGGCGAUGGUCAAGAUAGCACUGGUGUGGCUUAUAUCCAUUUGUAUAGCAAUCCCUAUUCCAAUCAAGGGGCUCCAGAACUACCAUCCUAAAAGCAACAUCACGUUCAACAGCAACCACACAUGCUUGCUAAAAACGGAUACCUUUCGGGAGUUCAUCAUGUUUGGCUCCAUGGCAGCAUUCUUUGUUCCUCUGGUCAUAAUGAUGGUCAUCUACCUUCUGACUGUCCACGUUUUGCGCAAAAAGGUCUAUUUGCUCAGGUCGAAGGUGAUUCAGCGCUUCAGCAACCCAACCACCGUGUCCGCAGUUUUUCAAAGGGAACAUCCUGCGACCACGCAUCAAGUUGAUCCGCUUAAUGUGCUGGACAGACGACUUUCCAGGGUGCAAGAAACACCCGAUGUGGGUGCAACAAGCCCUCUACCAGGUGGCGAAAUGCCCGUCCGCAGAAUGUCCACCAUGGGAAAGAAGUCGAUGCAGACGCUAAGCAACGAGCAACGCGCCUCGAAGGUGCUAGGCAUAGUCUUCCUCCUGUUUGUCGUCAUGUGGUGCCCCUUCUUCAUUACCAACGUCACUUCUGUGCUGUGUACCAGCUGUGACGUCAACAUCAUCUCCCGGCUUAUGGAGAUCUUUGUUUGGGUGGGCUAUGUGUCAUCGGGGAUCAACCCGCUGGUUUACACCCUCUUCAACAAGACGUUCCGAGAGGCGUUCACACGCUACAUUACCUGUAAUUAUAAGACCUGCACAAGGCAUCGGCAAGGCAGGAAUCCAAAAACCUCAAACGCAAAUCGGACCCUUACAAGAAUUUCAUUUAAAUCAUCCAUGGCAGAAAACUCCAAACUGUUCAUGAAGCGGGGCAUGAAGAACGGCAUUGGGGCGGCGAGCUACCAAAGCCCGCUGAGAGGCCAACAGCCAGCUGUCCAGUCAUCUAGUGGCGUCUUGCUCGACACAGUGCACUUGGCUGAAAACUACGAGGCCAAGCAUGAAGAAUAUGUGAGCCGUGUAUGAAACUACAACACACCAAUUGAAAUGAAACUUCAGGAAAUGGCUCGCUGCAAACAUUUUCUUUUCAUUAAAAACUAAAUGAUUCACGGCCGAGUUCAUAAGAUGGAUUGAUUGGAUUGUGUUAUUACACUUUGUAAUAGGUGUGUCCCGAUCUGAUAUUGAUAUCGGACCGAUAUCAGCUGGAAAAAAACAAUAUUGGCUCAUAUCGGACUAUAUCUAAAAUGUAUAUGUCUUGGAUAAAAGCAGCAAGGAGUAGGAGUGAUGGCAGUUUGUCAUUAUUUAUGCACAUAUUGACCACAAUUAGUGUGAAAACAAUUUAACAUAUCAUAAAAAUGUUUCACUGCGCUUUGUUUUGAUAAACAUGCGCCAGAAUCGCCUGUCUGCCCUGUUGGCACUUGCACAUGUGUGACCAGAUAGAGAUUCACUUUGCCAUUAAGUUAACAGUUUGGCAAUGUUCUCUGUUCAUGUUCUGCUGGUUGUUGAAAAAAGUUAAACACAUUAGUUAAAAAAUAAGUCAUAAAAAUUAUUUGUCAUACUAAAAAAACAUUUUUUUUUUAAUGCAGACGUAGCAGCAGUGGCAGUCCGCCCUCCCAUGCAGCCCACCAACACAGCUUCAAAAAACUCUAGGGAAAACCUUGGCUUUAUUGAGAACGUCGAGCUUCUCUAAAUUAUGCCUAUUGUCGAUAAAACUAUACUGUACACCAAAUGCAUCAAGAACUAAAAGAGUCAUGACUCAUGCCUACUGUUGCUGACUAUCAUUCUCUGAGUAAUAUCACCUGAUCAAGCCUUUUCUAACAUUCCACGCUACUAAACAACGAAUAAAAGUAUGUAUGAUCCGUGCUGAUAUGGAAUCAAUAUCAGUAUCGGACACCAUUGAAGGCUGCAAUACAGUGUUCCCUCGCUACAACGCGGUUCACUUUACGUGGACUCGCUAUUACAUAGAUUUUUUGUGUGCAAUUUUUUAGUGUAGCAUUUUUUUGACAGCGUAUGACGGCAUUGUGUACUGCGUCCUGAUUCUUGAAACGAGAACCCGCAUUGUCUUCUGCAUCCCGAUUGGCUAAGGGAAUGUAGGCCAUCAGUCAAUCUCCUCCAUGCCAUGUGUCCCGUACAGGACAGAAUGCGUUCAGCUUGCCUAAUUUACAUAAUUGUUCGAUCGCUAGCAAUGUGGCUCUUUAGUGCUGUAUGUUUUCUCUCCGACAAAAUGCACAAUGUCGACUCAACGCUCUGCACCGACAAAGGCACCUGCAGAGGUGCAACUGCAGGGUGCCAUUACGGAAUAAGUAAAGGAGGAGGAAAAUAACAUAAGGAUGACAGCAGCAAUACAUUUUAACAAGGAUGCAAAAAAGGCUUUAACUGUCCACAGCAAGACCAUGGAGAGGCUGCCUCUGAGGAUGCCAGGGCAGAGGCAAACAUGAGCAAAUUUAAAGCCAUCAUCGAAGAAGGGGGAUAUAAUCUUGAAGAAUUUUUUAAUACGGAUGAGACAGGCUUAUUUUGGAAACACCACACCGCCGAUUCAGAGCCCAUGAUCCGCGCUUUUAAGGCCCUCUACAUGCGCAACAUAUAUAUUUUCUCACUGAGAAAAGUGUAUAAAAUAUGUGGUGAGGAGUUUUACAGCCUUAAAACAUAUAUAACAAACAAAAAAAACAUAUCCUGUAAACAAAAAAACACUAAACAAAAAAAGCAUUUUUUUAAAAUCCUGUAAACAAAAAAACAUGAAUUAUAAAAUGAAAAAACAUAUCCUGUAAACAAAAAAAUAUAUAAUGAACGAAAAAACAUGAAAAAAUGAAGAAAAAAAAUCAACUUCUACUACACGGAUUUCAAUUAACACUGGUAUUUUUUGGAACCUAACCCCCGCGUUAAACGAAGGAACACUGCAUUAGAAUCAGAAGCGAAAAAGUUGUAUUGGGACACCCCUACUUUGUAAUGUACAGUAUUUUCCUUGGAAAAAAAAUAACACCUUCUUGCUAUCUGAAGCAAUGCACAUUGAUUGUUUACAUCACUUUACCACGAAACAAGAUGCUCUUAUUGCCCAUCAUUUCGGAGGCACAAGAUGCUUAAUCACCUACUGUAAAGAAAUAAAUAAUUAAAUAAAGUCAAUGUUACUUCUUCUACCCAUUAAGGCAACUAAGACCGUGCUUAUGAAACACUCUAUAAAAACAGGGUUGUAAAUGGUCAAAUCAAAUGGGAAAAUUGGAUAGGCUUAUAGACUUAUAAUGUACUUGUUUCAAGUCUGUGAAACAUGCAGUUCAUUUAGACUGUAAACAUGCAUCUUGUCAGGACAAUCAGGUCUACCUUUUCAAAUCUACACAACAGUCCACAACAGUGGAAAUGAUGUAUUUUGUACUGCCUGAAAUUUCUGAUGUGUGUUUGUCUGACAGCCAUGUAGUGUAAAAAAACCUCUAAAUAACAAAGGAAAUAAAUCAAUGAGAACAAAACACUGUGUUGCUACUAUUCUCGGAAACAUUAAUUUUCUUUAACUGUUAAUGUCUCCAAUUUAUACUUGCCAAAUAAAACGUUGUUUUUCUUUUGUUUUUUUUACACCAACGCCUGAGAAGGCCUACAAAAUACUGUCAGAGUAACUUUAACAGCAU